AUGCGAGAUGCUGUUUCAGAAAGCAAAUGCAGUGGAUGUGGAAAGUCGGGGCAGUUCGCUUUUAAGAAAGAAACGGAGGCACAGACAGGAAUACUAAAGUUGGAAUUUAUUUGUUCCGAAUGUAAGAUACUGUUCAGUGUAUCUAGCAACAGCGAGACUAUUCUUGCUCGUACGAAACCAAAGUGCUAUCUGACCAAUUAUGUCCUCCUCGCGUUCAUCACCUGUGGAUUGUACUAUAAAGACUAUGACCACUUGAUGGGAACCCUAGGAAUAAGCCACUUUAGCAAAAAGCAGUGGAUCCGAGUAAUUGAGUGGAUUGCUCCGGAAGUACAAAAAAUAGCCGAUUGGAGUAUGCAGCAGUCGAGGAAAGCGAUAAAAGCGCGCGGAGAUCAAGACAAGCUCGAGGUGAUGUUCGACGGCUUCUACUUGACCAGAGGCCACUACUCCAACAAUUCUUCUGCCACCAUGCAUGACGCUAAGACCGGUAACAUCAUCGGCUAUGCACAUCGCACUAAACGAGGACAGGAUGCCAACUGGGAGGGAACAUCUGAUGGCGCAGAGGGGAACAUGCUUGACGAGAUUCUUGCCGAUUUGAUCGAAAACGAGCGUAUGACCAUCAAGAAAGCGUUAAUUGAUGAAGACGCCUCUUGCCAUGAGAUCAUUCUUACAAGAAGCCCGGAGACAGAAAUAGUGUUUUUUGGUAACCACACAGCGAAAACCUUCCAUACGGAGUUGGAACGAGUGAAGAAAACGCCUUGUCAGGUGAGUGUACAGCUUUGUAUCUUUUGUCCCUAACCGCCUUUAAUGCGCAGUUCCCAAUUUAGUUCACUUUUAUUUCCAAAGUCAUUGACCACGAGACGGCAAAGUUUUUUUCUAAAAGCGUACUUGCUAGAAAAAAAAAGACAUAAAAUAUGCUUUUUUCGGCGCUGUUUAACUUUAUUUUAUUUAUGCGGACCGCAGAGGAAACGCAACUGUCAAAAAGUUCAAUGUUUGCUAUCAUUGCCAUGUAAAUUACCGGUAAUGUCAGGAGCUGGUAAUGUGCUUAUUUUCUUUGGGCGUAAUAAUGACAUUUCAUACUGCCGAAUUUUUCUCCUAAUUGAGUUUGGUUGCUUGUAAGAUUUUUUCAAUCUAAAACGAUUUCAAUUAUAAUCAUGACAUGUGUACCAUUUGAUAUAUCCACAGUGCAAAAGCCUUGGCCUACCCAAGUGCAAAAGAAUGACAGAUGCAAUGAUAACCAACGCUAAAAAGUGUCUGAAAAAUCUAACAAAGUGCGAAGAGAUCUACUCCCCAGAGGACCCAAUGGGGGACUUUGGCAAAGCCAUCCUAAAUUAUUAUCAGCACUACACUGAUGACCACACUUCAACAUGGUGCAGAUUUCACAAAAAGGUAGUAGUAAUACACAAAAAAUAUUUUGGUGCUUGUUGCAUCAUUGCAAACAUAAAACAUAAAACCAGGCGAUUAAGAACUGUACCGUCAGAGCUUUUUGUGUCUUUAUAAUAACAUGUUUUGGUCACUGCCAACAGUAACUAUUAUUAUUGGCAUUAAUGGUUCUUUAUUCUUAAAAAAUUGUGGUUGUGUAAUUGUACAGGCAGAUGAAGAUGGAAAGCCCUGCCACUGUAAACAUUCAUUUAGCUGCCCAUCACAACUGAGGGAGUUUAAAGCACUUCUCGAAAAAAUGGCCACCAGACCUGAGGAGUACAUUACUCUUGAUGGGAGAGUAACAAAUAACAUCCCAGAGGGAUACCAUGGGAUUGCUUUAAUGUACCGGAACAAGAGGAUUGACCUGGGAUCCGUACAUUAUAAAUGCAAGACUAACAUGUCAAUACCUCACAAGGUGAUCAAAAAUAAUAUGGUGAUC